GGGAAAGUUGCAUAUAUAACGCACACACAGCUGCUAAUUCUAUUCACCAAAUAGCCAACUACAUUACCCACAAUGCUAUGCCUCAUCUGGACGACUUCGUGGCACGUUUAUUGUUGUUGUUAUUUAAAUUAAAUUAAAACACAUACACUAUUAACUUUCAUUAAAUUUCAGGUUACAUAAAUGUUAUUUUCGGAGGAUGAAUAAGCUAUUUAUUUUAACCUAUGAAACAGGAAGACGUUUCGCUUUCAGCCAAUGACAAAACAGCUUGUUGAGACGUCGGAACCCCGAGCGAUGGAAAAAGGACACAAGCGAUUUAUAAUCCGAAAAAACCCUGUGUUUUGUUAUUUGUAUACAAAGGCAAAAUAAGUGACCUGUUCAAAACACCACCGCAUGUUUAUUCUCUUCAAAGUGGAAUCUUUGUGUUGGAAACCCGAAACAUGAAGAAGAAAGUCAAUGCACCUCAGCAGACAAAAGUGAAAGAUAUGAGCAGCAAAGAAACAGCAUCUGAUGCGGACGUGGCCAUUAAAGAUUCCUCACAGGAAAAGAGGCAUCUGAUAAUAUCCCAAACUGAUGGCUGUUUCUUGAAGUUCUUGAACGAAGACCGGCAGAAGCUGCCAUCGUUGUGUGACAUAACUGUCACGGUCUGUGGCCAGAUGUAUCGUGCCCACAAGGUGGUUUUGGCUUUUGGCAGUGGCUAUUUUCAUGCCAAAUUCAGCGAAAACGCUGAACUGCACCAUGUUACCAUUGAUAACAUCGAGGUCUCCAUCUUUGGACAUUUGCUCAACUUCCUAUACACGUCUGAAUUUGACGUUUCAGAAAGCCAGAUUCCUGCUUUGGCCGAGGCUGCCUGUUUUCUGGAGAUGAUGGAAGCUGUAAAUCUUUUAGCGAAGCGGGCGACACCAGCUCAUGUUGAUGAAGAAAGUGAUGUUCAGCAGGUUCCACUGGAGACUCCAGAUGUCCAGACUUCAGCAGGAGCUCAAUGCUCUUUUUGCAGUCGUACCUUCUGCUACAAGAAGUCUCUGGAGAAUCACCUGGCUAAGUCGCACAGCGCUGGCUGCCAAGUUGAGGACGAGCAAAACAUGGCAAGCACAUCUGCGGUCGCUACCCGCAGAUCGGCCCGUCAGAGGAGGACCCCUGCUAAAUUCGAGAGCGAAAAUGGCCAGGUCCUGUCUGGAAAAUCCGGUCAAAAAACUCCAACGCAUGAUGCCGCCGCUUUUGAGGAGGAGGAGGAAAGUGAGGAAGAGCAACAUGAGCAAAGUAGUAAAGAGGGACGAGAAGAAACGGUCGAGGAGGCAGAAUGUGAAGACGGUGAGAAGCAAGAGGAGGAACAUGAGGCUGUAGAGCAGGCUGAAGCCCAGAAGGAGGCCGAACCGACAUCCAGCCGUGCUGUUGAGGAGCACAGCCAAGCCACGGAGCUCACCGCUCACGUGUUUCCUGAAGGACUGGCUCCCGUUAUGAUCCAGAGCGCUAACAAGAAGAAGACUCUCAAGUGUCCCAAGUGUGACAAGACCUUUGAUCGCAUAGGUGAGAGCUAUAAUGUGAAGGCUGACGGAUGGAUCAGUGACACGGCCAGCAUUUUAUUUCAUCCCGACCACCUCCAGGAGUUUCUCACUCAGAAGAAGAAGAAGAGUGAAGGCUGGAAAUGUGACAUCUGUCACAAGUCCUUCAGUCGUCGCCCCCAUCUGGAGGAGCACAUGAUCUUACAUUCACAGGACAAGCCCUUCAAGUGUGCCUACUGUGAUGACUACUUUAAGUCACGAUUUGCCCGGUUGAAGCACCAAGAAAAAUUCCAUUUAGGACCCUUCCCUUGUGACAUCUGUGGUCGUCAAUUUAAUGACACGGGCAACCGCAAACGUCACAUAGAGUGCACACACGGGGGGAAGAGGAAAUGGACCUGCUCUCUGUGCGGCAAAUCAGUUCGAGAGAGGACAACCCUCAGGGAGCAUCUGAGGAUCCAUAGUGGGGAGAAACCUCACCUGUGCAGCAUCUGCGGACAAAGUUUCCGUCACGGAAGCUCCUACAGGCUUCACCUUCGCGUUCAUCAUGAGGACAAGCGCUAUGAAUGUGACGAAUGUGGCAAAACGUUCAUCCGCCACGAUCAUCUAAAGAAACACAAAAAAAUUCACACAGUUCAUGAUCAUGUACUAAAUUUUGACAGGUAUAAAGCAGUGGUGCAUCAGUGUCAGGUGUGCAAGAAAGAGUUCAGGGGGAAGACCAACCUCAUGUCGCAUUUCAGAACACAUUCAGGUGAGAAACCCCACCGGUGUGUGAUCUGCAACCAGACCUUCCGCAUCAAGAAGACUUUGACCAAGCACAUGGUCAUUCACUCAGAUGUACGUCCUUUCAACUGCCUGCACUGCAGCGCUACCUUCAAGCGUAAGGACAAGCUCAAGUAUCACGUGGACCAUGUGCACAGCGGCCGCCCGCUCGAGCAGCAACAGCCGAACCUGCCUGCGGCCCCUGCUAGCAAGCUCACCGAGCCGCUGCUGUCAAACGAAACGCCCAAACCGUACCAUAACACACCUAAGACUGUGCUGCAGAGUGUGGCGGCUGACGUUUGCGUCCCUGUGACGCUCGUCCCCGUCCAGAUGACUGAGGAAAGCGGUCUUGCUGUGCACAGGACGCCACAUGGGGUCCUUCCAGCUGUGAGCCAGCAACAACAGACAGGCUACCAGUCCGCCACUGACCUAGUGUUCUUAGAAAAGUACACCCUCACGCCUCAGCCGACCAACAUCGUGCACCCGGUGCGGCCCGACCAGAUGCUGGACCCUCGAGAGCAGUCUUACUUAGGAACGCUACUGGGACUGGACUCGACUACAUCUGUGCAAAACAUGUCUAGUGCUGAACAUACUCAUUAAUUAAAAGCACAUCAAUGCUAUUAUGUUCAACUUAGCAUGCGUCUGUGUUUGUCACGUGAAUUAAUUUUGGUCAUUAGACUCUUUGUGCUGUUCUUAAAGGGUUAGUUCACCCAAAAAUGAAAAUUCUGUCAUUAA